AUGGCUUUGUUCCAUGCGUCAGUGAAAUGGGUGGCGAAAGCUUUACACAUCAGCUUCGAACGAGGAACAACUUUGACCGUCCCUAACUCCGAAGCUACUUUGAAAGGCGUGAAAAAAGAAGCUAUUGCCAUGGUGUUUGGUUCUGAAAUACAGCAGGCAAUCGAAGAGAGCCGCAUUCAUUUGAGAGAGGUAGAGGAUGGAAAGCUGAGAAAUGUGCCAUCAUCAACCUAUCGCUUGGUCUGGUCCGAGGUUUAG